GAGAGCACUGUGGAAGUUCUCUCGUCCGUCCGUCUUCCUCCCUGAAACCUCCAUUGAGCCGUGCCUCCUCCUGUUCCUACUGUUCCUCGUCCUCAGUGCGUUCAUUGGCUGGAGCGUGAAAGACCCAGAGGAGCGCUGUGACCGACCGCCCAGGCCGACCUUUCCCUAGAUUUUCCUUUGCUGGUUCUUAAUAACUUAAUAUAUCGAGGUUUCACACUCCUCGCCGUGGUUUCAGAGGCCAGACGCUAAAGCAGAAUUGAUUGAUUCAUAUUUCUUCCAUAUCUGAAGAUCUCUUAGACGACACUGGAGUUACGUAACGUGAACUUGCCGAUUGUUAGUGAGGGUCGUUCUCGACGGAAUCUUUCUCACGUGGCCUGCCUCCCGAUUGGCACGAGCAUGACGGGACAUCAGACGGGUCCGGAUCAACUGAUCCCGGCCAAUUCGUUAUGGACCACCCAGCCGGAUGGGGCGGUACAACUCCGGGAAAUGGCCUCGAGCAGCGCCGUGCCGCCCCUCUCCGUGCCCACUUUACUCAAACGAGCGGCUGACGAGGUGCCCGAUAAAUUGGCCUUGUCCGUCAAAAGAGAUGGGGUCUGGCUGAAUUGGACCUACAAGGAGUAUCAAGCCGCUUCCCGCACCGUGGCCAAAGCCUUUAUCCACUUGGGAUUGGCGCCUUACCAUUCGGUGGGCAUUCUCGGGUUCAAUGCCCCCGAAUGGUUCAUUGCCCAGAACGGCGCCAUUCUGGCUCACGGGUUUUCCGCCGGGAUCUACACCACCAACAGUCCCGAAGCCUGUUUGCAUAUUGCCCGCAAUUGCCGGGCCAACAUCCUCGUGGUCGAGGAUGAAAAACAAUUGGACAAAAUCUUACAAAUCCAGGCCGAUUUGCCCCAUCUCAAGGCCGUGGUUCAGUAUACGGGCACACCCAAAAAGCCCGGUGUGAUCAGUUGGGCCCAACUGAUGGCAUUGGGCGAGGCUCAGACCGACGAGGAACUCGAGCAAAGGCUCAAAAACAUCGCCAUCAAUCAGUGUUGCUCACUUAUUUAUACCUCGGGCACCACGGGCUCGCCCAAGGGCGUGAUGAUGUCCCACGACAACUUCACGUGGACCGCCCGGAUCGCCACCUCGUAUUUGCGGGUGACGGCCGAGGAUUCGUUCAUUAGUUAUCUGCCUUUGAGCCAUUCAGCUGCGCAAAUGAUAGAUGUGUGGAUGCCCAUGGCCGCCAAGGCCACGGUCUUCUUUGCUGAUAAGAACGCCAUGAAAGGCUCGUUGGUCAAUACCCUGCGGGAAGUGCGUCCCACAUUUUUCUUCGGUGUGCCCCGAAUCUUCGAGAAGAUCCAGGAGAAGAUGGUUCAAAUGGGCAAAAGCAGUGGGGCGGUCAAGCGAUUGGUGGCCGAUUGGGCCAAACGAACCGGUUUGCAGCACAAUUUGCGAACCUUGGAAGGCCAAGCCACCACCGACGGCUACUCCUACCCCUUGGCCAAGAAAUUGGUCUUCUCGAAGGUCAAAGAAAACCUGGGUUUUGACAAAUGCCGGAUUCUGGGCGUGGGUGCGGCUCCCAUGGCCAAAGAGACUUUCGAAUACUUCCUGAGCCUGGAUAUUCCACUCCAUGAAUGCUAUGGCAUGAGCGAGACGUCCGGGCCCCACACCGGGAACCGACCCGGUCAGCAUCGUCUCGGUUCCAUUGGUCCCUCAUUAGAUGGCUGCCACACCAAGAUCCAUGAACCCGAUCCGGAUGGCAAUGGCGAGGUGCUCAUGAGCAGCCGGAACAUCAUGAUGGGCUAUCUGUUCAAUGAAGACAAGACCAAAGAGGUGAUUGACGAUGAAGGGUGGCUUCACUCUGGAGAUAUUGGUAAAGAAUUGACCGAUGGAUAUUACAAGAUAACCGGACGCAUCAAGGAACUGAUCAUCACGGCGGGUGGGGAGAAUAUCCCUCCCGUUUUGAUCGAAGACGUCUUGAAGAAGGAAAUACCCGCUCUAUCCAAUGCCAUGGUCAUCGGGGACAAGAAGAAGUUCCUCUCCUGCCUCCUCACAUUAAAGGUGGAUGUGGAUCCUGACACUUUGGAACCCAAGUCAACCUUGGCGCCGCCGGCCUUAGAUUGGUGCAAGGAUAUCGGCUCCAAGGCCAAGACUAUCGAAGAUGCCGUCAACGAUGAUAUUGUACGGAAAGCUAUCCAGGAGGGCGUGGAUCGAACCAACCAGCAAUCCACGUCCAACGCUCAACGCAUCCAGAAAUGGAAUCUCUUGCCGACGGAUUUCAGUGUUCCCGGAGGUGAACUCGGGCCCACCUUGAAAUUGAAGCGUCAUUUCGUGGAGAAACGAUUCGACACACAGAUUCGGAACUUCUACAACUGCUAAUGAGGAGCGCAUGAACCUUCUGACGAUUGCAUGCUCAAUUCCAAGAUCCCAGAUCAGCAUACACACACACACACACAUAUAAUCCGGAAAUCACUCACUUGAACCCCGAGUAUUACUUAGCAUAAUGUACUGAACCACAGAGGAGACAAUUCUCAUUCAGCCCCAGGGGCUGUUUCUUCCCACAACUAUAUUUCCUGAAGUAGUCGAGCGAUCUUAUAGCUUUCGUUUGCUACAACCAUCCAGAUGAUCAAUUGAGUUGGCUCGUUCCGCUUUAAAGAUAGAUAUCAGCAAUGUUAUUUUCUCAAGAAUAAAUUAUAUUCCCACUCGGAA